AGAUUUCCUGCACAUCGCGACAACAAGACAAUAUGGCGGCACUGCGAGGAAGACCAGCCCACGCCCCAGGGCCGACCUUCUUCAGCUAUACGCCAAACGGGAAGCAACUCAUCACAGCGGGCCUCAAUGGAGCUGUACGAAUCUUCGAUCAUGGCUCAGACGAUGAGCCUGCGAUCAUUGAUGUCACCACCGAGAAUCACUUGGCCGUGGUCGCCUCCAAUGACUUUUUUAUCAUUGGAGCCGAGACAGGCGAAGUGACCAAGUACAAUCUGAUCACCAAAAGAAUGGAUGAAGUCCUCGUGCGUUGCACUGCACCUGUACGAGAUCUUGCACUCAGUCCCGAUGGUCAAUGGGUUGCCGUUGCUAGCGACGAGCACGAUGUUAAGAUUGUCAAUACCAGCGACAUGACCAACAUCAUGGUACUUCGUGACCACUUACGACCUGUCAAACAAAUUUCAUUUGAUGUCAGUGGGACCACACUCGCAGCUUCAUGCACCGAUGGCAUGAUCUACAUGUACUCCUUGAGCUCGGAGCAGCCGCAACUUGUGAAGCGAGUGGAUAACAUGAUCGGAAUGGAGCGUUCAGAUUCUGAGGCUAACAUUCGGGUUGCAUGGCAUCCUGAUGGUAGAGCAUGGGUUGUACCUACACCCACAAGAGAUCUGCAAGUGGUCUCUCGCAGCGACUGGUCACGGCAGAAAGCCUUCAGCGGUGGGCACAAAGCCGCAAUCACAGCAACAGCCUGGUCGAAAAACGGUGCACUUCUCAUCUCAGCAGAUCUUGACAAGAACCUCGUGCUGUGGGAUACCAGAUCUCAACGGAUCCUCAAAACGUACAACGAUGUUCGCGAUGUCAUUCUGGAUGUGCAAUUCCACCCCAAAGACAACGUGCUUUCCUACACUAACAGCAAUGGCGAACUCUUCAUUCGCGAAGACUUUGUGCCAGAGUCACAUAGAUACCUGCUCAAAGUCGGCAUGCAAUCGGCUCCGCUCAGCAACGACCCUCUGGGCGAAGUCUCUGGCAAUGCACGGAGGCCUAUCUCGAACGGCGCGAAGGCCAACGACCACAGGCGAGGAGCCGAAGGAGAUGAGUUGGACUUGCUUCUCGACCCGGACGCAAUGUCCAUGGACGGUGAAGACAAUUUCAUCGAGGACGACGAUGGAGCUGGAUAUGCCGAAGAACCAAACCGGUACGGCAAGCGUGCAGCGGACUCGAUCAAACAGCCACAAGCGAAGCGUCAAGCAGCAUAUGGUGCCUGGCAGCCGCAGAUACACGAGUCGUUCCAGCCAGGCAGCACACCGUGGAAAGGUAAUCGACGUUAUUUGUGUCUGAACCUUACUGGAUUUGUCUGGACAGUGGACCAAGAGACGCAUCAUACUGUAACUGUCGAGUUCUACGAUCGCGAAGAGCAUCGAGACUUUCACUUUACAGAUCCAUAUCGGUACGACAAGGCUUGUCUCAACGAGAAGGGUUCGCUGUUCUCGUGUCCGCCUGCACGAGAUCACCCAGCUGUCGUAUACUAUCGACCACACGAGACCUGGACGGCUCGCGUGGACUGGCGGACACAGUUGCCGCCGGGCGAGGAAGUGACAUCGUUGUCCCUCAGCGACACUUGUGUGGUCGCGACUACAUCCGCUGGCCUCGUCCGUGUGUACAGCUUGUUCGGUUUGCCGAUGAAGGUCUAUCGUCAGAAGUCCACUCCAGCCGUCACCUGUGCAAGCUGGCGGGACUAUGUGAUGACUGUCGGCAAUGGGCCUGUUGGUGGCGAUGGCACGACUCGUCUGCUCUAUACGAUUGAGAACAUCAAGCGGGAUGAGACUUUCCAGAGUGAAGACAUACUCGCAUUGCCCGAAGGCGCAGAGCUCAAGAGCAUCUUCUUCAGCGAUAGAGGAGAUCCCUGCGCUUACGACAGCGACGGCGUUCUACUCGUUUUGCAGCACUGGCGGAGGCCAGGACAAGCGAAGUGGGUUCCCCUUCUCGAUACUAGGACCAUGGAUCGUCUGGCCGAUGGGAAGAAAGAAGAGAGCUAUUGGCCGGUCGCUGUCGCUGGCGAUCGAUUCCAUUGCAUCAUCCUGAAGGGCGGUGAACAGUAUCCCUACUUUCCACGACCACUGUUGUCCGAUUUCGAGUUCAGAGUACCCGUAUCGUCGCAUGUCGCUGCUGAUAGUGAGGAAGACAAGGAAGUGGCCCUCGUGCGAGGCUUCGAAGAGCAAUACGUUCGCAGUUCGCUUCAACUAUCUCUGAUCCAAGACUUGGUCGAGAACACAAACGCGACCUCCAAACAAAAGACAGAGGUCGGCGUCAUGGAGCGAGAGGUUGACAAAGUUUUGCUGCAGCUCCUCGCAUCGGAGUGCCGAGAGGGUGAGGAACGUGGCAUGAAGGCGCUCGAGAUCGCCUCACUCAUGAAGGACCGCACUGGCAAGAUGCUGGAGGCCGCCAGCAAGGUCGCGCAACGAUUCCAGCGCGACAUCCUCAACGAGAGGAUCAUCGAACUUGCUGAGCGUCGUGUUGUUGGGCUGAGAGACGAUGACGACCCGUGAAACAUCUAAAGUGCAACUUUUCUGUUCAGACAGGGCUCAGGAAAAGGCGUCCAAGUGAUUCGCGAUCAUGUGGGGGUUUGGUGUGGGAAAGUGUUGUGCUUGAUCAGUCAGAUCCGCGAUCGCUCAUAUGGCUUGGCUGUUUUGGUCCAGCCACGUCUACAAGCGGCGUACAGCUUACCGCAUGAGCAAGAUUGGGAAGACUCGCCACAUUGUGCAACCACUGCCUUGUGCCUUCGUCGGCGGAUCGGCUGUUCUUUACCAGACGCGUACGCGCGUGGCCCGAAGAGCCAUGCAAAACGAUUGGAGAGCGGGUGUGGGAUACAACAGAGGCCACUCUGUCUGCUCCCGUCAUGUAUGAGAGGCCGCACCGAACGCACAGCCCCUUCGACCGAGCUCGCUCUUUGGCAAUGACCGACAGGGUCGUACGGAUACGUGCAGUCACUUCGCCCCAAUGUAGCAAACAAUCACCCAUGCAAGACGGAAUCUUGACCGGCCGAGGCGUUUAGGUGCUCACCGUGGCAAUGCAAAGUGGUCAUGCUCCAGUCAUGGCGCACGCAUGCCGGAUCCGCUGUGCACAUGAGGUGUGGCAACAGUAAAAUUUUCUUCUCAAUGCAGCAAACUAGGAUGCCCAGUGCGGAUCACUGUUGAGUAGCCCCAAUCGCACUCCAUCGGGCACGCUCGCCUUACGCCAGCAACAGCCACACUGACCGGUUCGGGUUUGUACAUCACCGCAAUUAAUCCCAUUGUAUUGCACCGAUACCAGCUGCCGCAUCCGUUGGCGCACGCACAGCGAUCCGAUCAUGA